UAAAUAUUUAGAACACUAAUCGCCAUACCGCAAUGAAGUCAGCCAAAGAAAACUAUUAAAUGCUACAUGGACUUCAUCAAACAAUCGCAAGAAGGAAGUAAAAUGUAGGGAUGUGGAUGGGCUAUUUAAAGUUGUAUCGUUAUCUUAUGGAUAUGUGUUACGAAAUGAAGAUCAGAUUAAAUGCAUCAAUAAGGAAUCCAAUUCACAGACUGUAUUAGUGAUGGCUAAAAGCACUAUAUAUUUCGGAUUGGUUCUUGUCAUAGUCUUUUCUCAGGAAUCACACGCACAAAAAGCAGCCACGUCUAAUGUUCCGGGUCCAUUGUCAGACGAGUUUUACAUCGAUAUUUUACGAAUCUUUUUUCCCACUGUGCACCGUGUUGGGUAUUUUCCAAUAGACAACUGGCAAAGGACGAUACGUGCAGCGCAACGAGCGUCUUUAGUGAAGAACGACCAGAGAAGCAGGCGUCGUAGAGAUACUUAUGCCAGAAAUUAUCAUCCUGAUGCCCACGGGCGGUUUUAUUCGGACGAAACAUUUAAACUAGAAGCACCCAUGAGACUCGAUGAACUGAGAAGGUUAUAUGACAAAAACAAAAACGAAACAGAUUCAAAUGACUUCACUAGAUGUAAGAAUCCAAUUCCAUUUGUAUACGACGUUCGCAAUCUUACAGGUUCCCCAAACAAGGUCUACCAUCCCGAAUGUGUUGUUCUUCACCAAUGUACCAAGUGGUCAGGUUGUUGCGAGACAAGCGGAGUUCCUUCCAAGUGCGCAGCUAACGUUGAUAAAAUUGAAACGAUCACCAAAACAUACAUGGUAAACGAGUAUCUAGGAAGGGACCGCCAACAAAUUCGUGCGUUGGAGACAUUGCAAUUUGAAAACCACACUGAAUGUUUCUGUAAACCAACAAAUUCACCACCACCGUGUAAAAAGUGUCCAUGGCCAUUUAUUCAAAGUCACGAAAUUGGUCCCGAAUGCUCAUGUAGAUGCAGAUAUAGCAAUGAUGUCGAGUGCCGUGACAUCUCUCUUGGAAGAAAGCCUCUGAACGAGGACGGACUCAUAUGCAUUAAAAAGAAGUUGUGUCUUCACCCCGAUUGUCGAUUUGGGAGCUUCAACGUCUUAACCGGCCGUUGCAAAGGAGAGUUCCCUAACUACGGCGACAAACAGGAGCAAAGUGGCGAUUACGACAUCAAUUACGACAUCAAUUACGACAAAAAUGACGUAGACUCUGAAGAUGAUAGUGUUGAGGAAAUUGAUUGGGCUAAGGAAGAGAAUGUAGAUGAUGCUGGGGAAAUGGAUUUAGAUUCGGAUGAGGAUACAGGAAUAGACGAUUAUCAUUCGGAAUCCUCGAGUUAUAACAAUUUGGAUUUUAAUCAUGAUGACCCUAACAGUUUUAGACACUAUUUUGAAGUUUUCCGAGAAGAAGACGAGGAUGAUGUCGAUUUUAGCAUCGACGAUGGUUUGGAUUUCCGGCCAGAGAAAUCCCCCAAUUUAUUAAAACUGCUUCAAAAUGAUUUUAGAGCACUGAAAAUAUGGUUGGAGAGAAUAUGCAAAAUGCAAAGACGCUACAGAGAUAUAUUUAAUGAACAUAACAGAAUCGUCACUGAAAACGAACAGCAGAUCCUGGACAUGUGCAAAUAUGUAGGCCAGUCAUAAUUUACGAUAAUUCUAUCUUAAAUGCAUGCGGAUUUGUACGCUUGUGUGGAAACCAAGUGUGAAAUGAAGAACAAAUAAUGUAAAAGAUGUCGCAGCUGAAUAUGUGAAACCCUAUUAAACUAUCUGUUAAACUAAAGGACAAAUACUGUAGCUAUGAUAUUGGUUAACUCUUCGGGGG